AUCACUUUAAUUUUACUGUUGGUAAUAAUACGAUUUUAAAAAUAUUUUCGAUCUGAGCUCAAUAGUUCAUCAAUCUUUUAAAACGGAUGGAAUAGACUGACGAAAAGUUAUUUGAAACUGUUUUAAAAGUGUAUUUAUUAUAGUGUCAACGUUUCAUAAUUCGCGCCAUGGAUAUUUUCAUAAGAAACUUCAGAGGUUAUGAAAUAUCGAAUUCAUAACAAUUAGAAAGCAUGCUUUAUAUUUAAAUCCAAAUUUAUUUAUACAAAAAUAACAAAUACAAAAUAAUUAACAAGUUUAAAUAUUAAAAUAUAAAAUGAGGUGGAUGACACGACAGUUUUCGUUACCAAUUUUACUCGGUAUAUCCUUAACAAGUGUGAGCAUUGCUAUAUUAUACGUAUUAUACAAAAAGGAUGAAGAAGACAUUAAAUCUAGAAAAAAUCAUGUUGAAAUUUCAAAACGAUUUACUGCAGAGUGUAAAGUACCUAGACAAUUCGUUCCUGCUGUUAUUGGAAGAGGUGGUUCAAUGAUAAAAGAUAUACAAAAUAAAACUGGAACACAGAUACAUUUUAAAGAAGAUAACAUUGAUUGCCCUGAUCGUAUUUGCAUCAUAAAAGGAAGCUAUGAAGGUGUACAUUUAGCUGAAGAAAUGAUAAAGUCUGUAAUCCAAAAUCAGCCUAUAAUUGAAACAUAUGAAAUGUAUGUACCUCAAAAAGCAUGUGGAAGAAUAAUAGGAAGAGGUGGUGAAGUUAUACAUCAAAUUCAAGCAACAUCUAGUGCAAAAAUCAUUAUUGAAAGCAGUUAUACUCCUUAUGAUCCAAAUGCUGAAAGAAGAAUUAUUAUAAAAGGAACAGCUGAACAAAUUGCUACAGCUUUGUUACAAAUUGAAGAUAAAGUUCGAGAAGAAAAAGAAGCACGUACAAAAUUAGAGGCGUCUUCUGCUUCAAGAUUGCCUAGAGGAAAAUUAUCUCCACGUAAUACUAAAAAUAAUAUACAAUCUGAACAAGUUCAAACUACUGAAUUAUUACCAGUUUCUGACGGUGGAAUGGAAGUAUAUAUAUCUGCAAUGGAAACUCCUAGUCAAUUUUGGGUACAAGUUGUAGGACCUGGAACUACUGCAUUAGAUAAAUUAGUAUCUGAUAUGACUGUUUAUUAUAAUGAUGAAAAAAAUCACGAAUUGCAUAAAUUAAGAAAUAUAACGCUCGGUCAAAUAGUAGCAGCAAAAUUCAGUUUUAAUGAACAGUGGUAUAGAGCUGAAGUUAUUUCUGCACCUGAAGAUGGUCAAUGUGAAGUGUAUUUCGUGGAUUAUGGAGAUCGUGAAAUGGUUCAGCUUGAUUGUAUAUUGGAACUUCGAACCGAUUUUCUCAGCUUAAGAUUACAGGCGAUCGAAUGUUCAUUGGCUAAUAUUAAACCAAGAGACAACGAAUGGAGCGUAGAUGCUUGCAACUUGUUUGCAGAGUUCACUUGUGUGGCUGAAUGGAUAGUGUUGACAGCUAAAGUUAGAGGUUACAAAGAACGGAGUUUUGGCUAUGGAAGAUCUCGACGAGAAGGUUCUCCGAUUCCUUGCGUGGAUCUUUUUUGCGAUACGACCGUUAAUGUUGGUCAAGAGUUGAUAAAUGAAGGCUUCGCCGACUUAGAAGAGAAUCUGUCAUCGACAGCUUCCUCGACGCUGUCGUUAUCCAAUCGAAGCCACGAAGUGACGGCUAUUUCAACUCCCACGUCUACUUCCCCACUGGCGAAACGAGCUUUGAGUCCUGAAAUGUUAACAGACACUCCGAAUAAAUUGGAUUCAAUUUCCGAAUUGCAAAAUACUUCGAUAAUAGAUCUGAAGAUAACAUCCAAUAUACAUGGGCUUUCUCAAAUUGAAGAAAUCGAUUUGGUAACACCACAGAAACCCAGUACACGAAUCGAGGAGAUCGAUCUGGUGACACCAGUGAAGGACGAGACCAAACAUUUCAUCGAGAACGAGAAGAAAGUGCAGCACGAGGAUGGGCGUGGUGAUUAUCUGCGGAACGGAAAUAGCAAUCAGUAUGGGAGAUCUUGCAAUUCUCAGAUGAAAGUCGCCAAAUACUCGCCAGUCGCGCCGGCUGGCUACGAAAGCGAUAUUUCGGAUGAUUCAGGCGAGAUGGAACUAGGGUAAAUCCAAAGAAACGGCCAUACCUUUUUUUUCUUUUUCCAUCGAGUUACGCUUCUAUUUUUUUUUUUUGGCCUCGUAGUCCUUUAGGAUAUAACAAUUUAAUCUUUUCUCGAUAGAAAAAUGAAAAAAAAAAAAAAUAGUAUAGAAGUCAUGCAAUAAUUUAGAUCUUUUAUUUAUACGCUUAUUUUUUGAAAUUAUGCUGUAAUUUUUCGAUAUUCUUCUAAUAUUUUGGCAAUUUCAUAGAAAGUUAUGAAAAAGAAAGUUAUCGAGUAAUAAAGUAACGGAAUUUUUAUAUUUAUCAAAACUGGCAGAAGAGAGAAUUAAGAAAUAGUUGGAGAAUCUCAUUCUGAAAUAUUUUACUGCUUUGAUUUUUUUUUUUCUUUUUAAUGCUUAAAGUAUAAUUUAAUUUUUACUUUUCUGUUAAACUAUUCUGCGCUUUUUUACUUACUCAUAUUCAAUUUACUUCUUUUAUUAAAAUAAUUAUUUUCAAGCCAUUUAAAGUACAAAUAAUUAUUUAUUAUGUUAUUUAAUUUGCAAAUGAUUCUCUCACUAUUUUAAUAGAUGCAUUUUAAAUCUAUUUUAUUCGCUACGCGAAACAUAUUGUUUUCUAGUAUUUUGCAUUAAUAGACUCUGCCAUUGAUUAAUCAAAAUCAUCAAUUAAGCAUAGAAUUGUUUUCACACGCUUUAAAAAAUGGUACAUAAUAAAAGAAGAAUUGUAAGAGCUUAAAAGCGGCAUAAAGUAGAUGUUUUAAAAGCAGUUGUUACUUGAAGCACGAUAAACUCCGAAAAAAGCUCUUCCUUAUUCUUCUUCCAAGUAGUCACGUAGCGCUACUCUUGAGAUCGUGCAUUAUUUCUCUCAGAACACGUACGCUACUUAAAGUAUGCUCAAGAUUAAGAAACUAUGUGCCUUAAACUGCUUCGUACAUAAUUACCAUUAUUGAGACAUAAAUAUAUAGCAUAUAAGAGUUGCAAGUAUUACAAAAUGUAUACAAAUUAAAAAAAAAUUAUGUAGAUCGUUCUAUUUUUAUAAGAUAACUAAUUAAUUAAUUAAGCUCGUUUUCAUAUUAGAUUAGUGGGAAGUAAAUGAAUAAAUUAUAAAUAAAUAUAUAAAUAUUAUUUUUUUAUUUAUACUUUAAUUAAAAAACAAUCUCGAUUUUAUUGGCAAAUUAUGAAGUAUUUUAUUUAUUUUUUAAGUUUUGAUAUUCUCAAACUUUUAAUUUCUUUUUUUUUUAAAUUAUCAAAAUUUUUGCAGAAAAAUUCCACUGAUUUAAUUAAAAUUAUGAUUUUAAAACUACAAAUAAAAUAGUGCCAUAUUGUUCUAUCUUUUUAUUUUUUUAUUUUUUUUAUUUUUCUUUUUUUUUUUUUUUUUUUAGAACUUAAAGCAGUUAAAAAUAAAGUGAUAAUUUUUAACACAAAAAUAUAAACAAGUUUUAACUGUUUCUAUAAAAAUAUAAUAAACUCGAUAUAUAUCAUUCAUUUAUUUUCCACUAAUAUAAUAAAAGUAUAGUUCAAAGCGACAGGAUUACUUACUAGAAAAAAUAAUCGAUUCCUAUAUUAAAUCCAUUGUUGCAUAUUCUUAGUUGACUUCUUUAUUUUUCUCUUAGAUAUUUAUUUAGAUAAAAAAAAAAUAAAAAUAAAAAUAAAAAUUAUUAAUUUGUUUCAAAUUGUUUCCACUAUAGAUCUGAAAGCUUUACAAAGAUUACUCGUUUUAUUCGAUUAUAAUCAUAUGUAAGAUCACACGUGUAUCUUUAUCUUUAUAUAUGUAUCAUCCGAUAUAUUAAACACGAAAUUAACAUUCAUGAAUCUUCUUAAUCGAAUAUUGUAACUCGAGUAAACGAGGAAGCAAAGAUAUUCGUGACGAAUAAAAUGAUCGUUCUAUAAGAUA